UCUUGUUCGAGUGGGCGUUAUGAAAGUUGUGUUGUACCUGGCUAGGCGUGUAGUCAUGUGAUAGUACUGGCGGAUGAAACAUAACAGCAUCUCCAGGAUAGAAGCUUCAGAUUUAGGCGUCACAGCCUCGAAGAGACGAUUCCUUCCAAACAUAUCCAAGGCCUUAAAUAAAUCUCGUCAAAAUGACACUACUAAUAGAUGUCCAAGGCAAGAUGUCCCCAAAACUCGUCCAGAACCAAGGUCAACUAGGUCCUAUCAAAACGAUACUCAGCGUUCGGGAUGCCAAAGUACAAGACCACAAUUUGUUCACAGUUAUUCAAUCUUUGAAACUGGAAUAGGCUGUAUCACUAAACCAGAUAGGAAUACUGUUGAGCUAUGUGAAACAAAAGAAGCUGUUUUGCCACAGACUGAGGCCAUGGAGUUUGCUGAAACAGAAUCCAACUUAAAUCCUCUCAAUCAAUGUGAAGCAUUUGUAACAGAUAUUAAACAAUUAUUUAAAAAUCCUCCAAUUAUAAUGCAUGAUUCUGCUGCUGGUCAAGAGUUUGAUUUAGAUCCUUUUAGAGAUUUGGAUUUAUCUGAUGGAUGGAGUUCUAAAUUUCCGUUUGAUUUAUUCUCCGAUGGUACUACUUCAGGCAGACUAUUUACCUUACAACUACCAGAUAAAUUGUUACCACCGGAUAAUGAGGAAAUAAAAGAAGGUUUAUUCGGGAAAAUACAAUUAUUAGAUAAUCAAGAAGUUCGUCUAGUUGUCGGUGAUGCUCGAUUCAAUUUAUCCUGUCCACGUCCAUUGCCUAUAGCUUCUGAUGUUGUACUUGUGAAUCAGGAUAAUCCUGAGGUCAUUUGUUUGGAGUGUAUAGGUCAUGUAGAACAAACUAUGGCAGCCGUUCCUGACUUGGAAACUUAUGUACAUUUGGGCAAAUAAAUUGUUAAUCUACGUUAAAACUGUACAUAUAAGCAUUCAAUUAAGUGUACAAAUAAAUGUCUGCUGUUUAUCA